GUGAGGGCGUGGUCACGUGGGGAGUCUUGUGGGCGGAGCCGGCGAGUUUCGGGCAGGAUCUGCACCCCUGGGAGCUCAUGGACGGAGUGAUGGAUGUGUCCCCGCUGCUGCUUCUCGCCGCGCUCUCCUGCCUGUGCCUGGCGCUGGGCGCCAAUGACACAACCACCACACCGUCCCCGGGCACACUUACGGAAUCUGAGCGUCUGGCUGCAAUAAUUGUCCCGUCUGUCGUUGGCGGGAUCAUUUUAAUCGGCAUCAUUGCGUUCUUCGUAGUCAAGGUGAAAGAGAAACGUCAGACGGAGGGAACGUAUCGGCCCAGCAGCGAGGAGCAGGCCGGAUCUCGAGUGGAAACCAAUGCUGCCUUAAAACUUCCUCCGGAAGAGCGGCUGAUAUAAGAAGAGACUCAUUACGUGGAGUAGGAUCUUGGAGACUCCCCCCGUAGACGCUGAGGCUAGUCUGAACUCUAGAGAAGGGGAGAAAGUGCCGCAGGUGGAGCAGACUGUUGUCACACCUGUUCACCAUGGAUAGCUGUGCUCCUCCAGUGACCAUGUGGUGGCUUGGCCCACCAUACCUCGUCCUAGUUCCUCCUUGCCCCUUGAGCCAUGACAAUAGGUCACAUCCACCACGCUCAUCCUCCAUCCUAACUUGUUCAGUUUUAAUGAGCAUCUUCUUCCCGGAGCGCCAAAUGGGAAGACAUUGGCUGUAGUGCUGUCAGCCCCCAAUUGAUCCUCGUAAAGCAGUAUUAGAUAAUUAAAAGAAAAUGGCUGCAGGGGUAGAACAUCACGUAGGGCCUGAAAAUGUGUUUUUUUAAAAAUCCACGUGAGGGUUCACGUCUUUUAAUGCUUUUGUAGAUAGCUUAAUUAUUUUUGUAUUUAUGCACCCCCGGAAAUCAAGCUGGUGAUAACGUAUACCGUCUAUUUAAUUAAUCGAUGAAUAAAUAUAUUUUCUUGAUUAUA